AUGUACUCGCAGGGGCUGAAGCAAGAAAAUGCGACCGAAGUGCGUGGGAUUGAUCUUCCCCCACUCGAGAUCGACGAUGCAAAAUUGGCCCAGAUGGGCAAGCGACCUGUGCUGAAGCGAAAUUUCGGGCUAUGGUCGAUUUUGGGAUUUAGCUGUACGAUUUUAAUUACUUGGGAGGGAAUCGUUGUACUAUUCUUGCAGGCAUAUGAGAAUGGUGGGCCAGCAGGCGCUGUGUAUGGUUUCAUCUUCGUCUGGCUUGGUGUCGCAUCCACAUUUGCAGUUCUAUCCGAGUUGGCGUCAAUGGCUCCCACCUCAGGCGGGCAAUAUCACUGGUGCUCAAUGCUGGCUUCAAAAUCCACAAUGAAAAUGGUCAGCUAUUUGACAGGCUGGCUUACUGUCAUUGGAUGGCAGGCAACGUUUGCAACCUCAUGCUAUCUAGUCGGCACUCUCAUCCAAGGUCUCAUCGCCCUGACUCAUAGCAAUUACCAGCCUCAAAAUUGGCAUGGAACACUCCUAUUCUGGGCCAUUGCUGUCUUCUCUCUGGCUAUCAACCUGGUUGGUGGUAAUUUAUUGCCACGACUUGAAGUCUUCAUUCUUGUGCUUCAUAUUUUGGGCUUCUUCGCCAUCCUUAUCCCUUUAGUCACGACGGCUGAUCAUGGGAGCGGGAAUGAAGUUUUCACUGAGUUUCUUAACCUUGGGGGCUUCCCCUCGCAAGGCUUGUCAUUCUUUGUUGGGAUGGUCGGGUGUAUAUUUGCCUUUGCUGGAGGCGAUGCUGCUGUUCAUAUGUCCGAGGAAAUCAAAAAUGCAUCCACUGCUGUACCUACCUCGAUCAUGCUGAGCGUUCUCAUCAAUGGAUCCCUUGGUUUUGGGAUGCUGAUUGCUAUGCUCUUCUGUCUCGGGGACAUUGAAGCUGCCCUCGAUUCUCCAACAGGUUACCCAUUCAUGUCGAUAUUCCUCCAAGCCACCAGAUCUGUCGCAGGCACAGCUAUAAUGGGCUCUAUUAUUACCACUAUGGGUAUCAGCACAUCGGUUGGUAUGCUGGCAACAACAUCGCGUCAAUUUUGGUCCUUCGCCCGCGAUCGAGGUAUUCCGGGCUGGCGACUCUGGAGUCAGGUUCGCGGUAAAAAUGCAGUGCCGGUUUAUUCAAUCAUACUUUCAGCAUGUGUUGCUUGUUUGCUUGCCCUCAUCAAUAUUGGCUCAUCGGUCGCCUUCAAUGAUCUCGUCGCGAUGUCCAUUUCUGGUCUCUACCUGUCAUACAUGACUGUGGCAGGCUUACUUCUCUACCGUCGCUGUACUGGAGAAAUCAGUUCCGAUGAUGGCAGCGCUCAGACGGUGAAUACAGCUGGCGCGAAGCUGGUUUGGGGGCCGUUCCACAUUCCUGGUAUUUGGGGCGUCCUUGUCAACAUCUUUGCGCUCAUCUACAUGAGUAUCGCGAUAUUUUUCAGCUUCUGGCCCCCAUCUUGGCUGGUCACUGUCGAUUCAAUGAAUUUUAGCGUUGUUGGGACGGUGGGCGUGGUACUUCUCAGUUUGAUCUACUACUUUGUACGGGCACGCCACAUUUAUGACGGCCCUAGGGUGGAAAUUCGGUAA